CAUCUCGGUCUUUCCAUCUCACCACCGUCCUCCACGCGUCUGAACCCACCCGCAACAACACACACCAUGUCCCGCAAGGCCGACGCAAAGGCACUCGCGGGGUUCCCUCUGAUGGCGGCUAGCGAAAUCCGCGACUGCAUGGAAGCUCUGGGCAUCACCGUGCACCCCGACGAUUUGACCAAGCCGACUGCGGCAACGACACACGCAAUCUGGGCGGCUCUACUCGAUGAACUGAUGGACAUCUCGCCUGAGAUGCUCGAGCAGCCCAAGCUUGCGGCCACCGAAGGCAUGGCCAAUCCCGAGUUGUAUAUGGACACCUUGGGAGCUAUCAUGUUCUACAACCAUUGCAAGCGACUCGCAGACCUGUGCCGUGUCCAGGAUUUCAACCUCGCCGACCUCAUUCGGCCGGACCAGCUGCGACUGCGCGUCGUGCUCAGCGGCAUCAUGAACUUCGCCAAGUUCCGGGAGGAGCGGCGAGGGUUCCAACAAGCCCUCGCGGAGCGGCUGCACGGCGAGCAGACGCGGGCGGACGAGCUACGGCGCAAGCUGGAUCAUAUCAACGCUGAGAUCGCCGAGAUCAAGGCGAAGCGGGAAGAGGACGUGCCGCGCAUCGAAGCAGCGCGUGCACGCAACGAGAAUCUGCGUCAGCAGCUUCUACAGCUGGGAACGACGCAGCGUGCCGUCUCGGCUGAGGUGGAGCGGCUGAAACAGGAGCGCUUUGCGUUGAGCCAGGAACACCGCAGCCGGACGGAGGAGCUUCACGGGCUCGAGCAAGCGGUGGCCGAUGCGCAGACGAAGCUUAUGCGCUCGCCCGACCGCGUGCGGCGGGGGAUCGCCGACAAGGAGCGGCAAUUGGCGGAGCAGCGCGCGCUCAAGAACGAAUUGGACGGGCACCUCCGCGCCGACGAACUGCGCCUGCGCGUGUUUACCGAGAUCGCAGAAGGAGUGGCUGCUCUCAACCGCGUGCAGAAGGAGAUUAUCGCGUUCCGGGACCAGGCGGACGAGAAGCGCCGUGCUAACAGCGAGCGGAGGGACGAGAUCCGCGGCCUCGAAAACCAGUUGCACGGCCUAGAGCGCGAAGCUGCGCAUCUUGAGAGCAAGCUACAGGACAUGAAGGGGCGGUUUGACAAGCUCGCCGAAGAUCGGGUCCGUGAGCGGGAGCGCUUCGAGGCUCGGGAGCGUGAGCUCAGCGCCCAGCGUGCUGCGCUGCAGGCUGAGCGCAUGGCGGAGGGUGAGGAGGUCGCGCGCCUCGAGCGCGAGGCGCACGAGUACGACCUCAAGACGGCCGAGUUUGCGCGUGAGCGCGAACGACACCACACCGAGCUCGUCAAAGAAUGGAAGCUGCUCGAGGCCCACAUGACGGAUUACAUGGCUGCCAUGACGCAGAAGCUCGGCCUUGAGCUCGACGUCGAGCUUUAGCCUGCUCCUUCCCUUUCGCGUCGUAUCCCGCUCCUCUGGUUAUCUAGAUUGUACACAAUUAAUGACACUGUAUAUUACCCUAUGC